GUUGGCAUUAAGAACAUCAAUAAUGGACCUAGCUCACAGUUUAUUGCUAAAUGAAGAAGCAUUGGCUCAGAUUACGGAGGCAAAGGGACCUGUGUUCAUCUUUGAAUGGUUAAGAUUUCUUGAUAAAGUCCUAGUUGCUGCCAACAAGACUUGGUCUCUUCAUUCACUUGCCCUGAGAGUGGAUUCUAGUGGCCCAAUGUACCGUGGGUACUUGGAACCCACCCUGUCCCUGGUUGUUUCCUUGCUGCUGACAGUUCCACCUUCACACACAGAAGUUCACCAGUGUUUGGGCAGAUGCUUGGGGGCCACCAUAACUACUGUUGGACCAGAGCUGCAGGGAAAUGCAGUCACCAUUUCCACCAUCCGCUCUUCUUGCUUGGUGGAUUGUGCCAUCACCCAGGACCACUCUGAUUCUCUGCUUCAGGCAGCUGCCAUCUCUUGCCUUCAAGAGCUUCACAUGUUUGCCCCACGACAUGUCAAUCUGUCCAGCCUUGUUCCAAGCCUUUGUGUAUAUGUGGUUGCUAUGAAUAUUAAGAAAGAAGCUGAGUCAAAACCAAAGGGAGCAAUGAAAAAUACUGAUGAUGAUGACGACGAUUAUGGUGGCAUAGACGAACUGCCUCCAGACAGUUUAAUAACCCUGGUGCAGCCUGAACUGCCGACACUCAGCCGCCUGUGGCUGGCAGCAUUGAGAGACUAUGCACUUUUGACUUCCCCAGCUGAGUUUUCCAGUCAGCUUCCCGCAGAUGGGGGAGCAUUUUAUACUCCCGAAACCAUUGAUACAGCAAGACUUCACUACCGGAACUCCUGGGCCCCAAUUCUCCAUGCAGUGGCACUCUGGUUAAACAGCACAGGAUUUAUAUGUCAAGAGUGCACAGAAGCAACAACUGAGUCUGGUGUACAGAAACGCUCCCCAGCGGUCAGUUUAAAGCAGGUUCCAGGAGCAAUGGCUAGUGCGGAAGCCUUGCCAGAAGUUAACAAGGACAGAAUGCACCUGACCCUAGGUGUGAGUAUACAGUUUCUUUGUUCCCCUCGACCAGAGGAGCCCAUUGAACAUGUUACAGCAUGCCUGCAGGCCUUACAUACCUUACUGGGUUCUCCUUAUGCACGAAUCCACAUUGUGGAAGAUCAGCUGAUUGGUGUUGAGCUGCUAAGUGUCCUGCACCACCUGUUACUGACCUGGAACCCACCCGCUAUCCAUCUGCUGGUCACUGGAGUUGUGCAGCAGAUUGUCAGGGCUGCUCAGGACUAUGGACAGGAAAAGAGAAGCGCUCUAAAUGAAGAGGAUGUGGAAAAAGAGUCCUGUCCUACAUUAGGAGAAGGGGGUGACACCGGUGGCCUCAUUCCUGGAAAGUCCCUUGUGUUUGCAACCAUGGAGCUGAUGAUGUUCAUUUUAGUACGGCAUAUGCCACACCUGAGUACCAAGAUGUUGGACUCUCCAAGUCACAUGGUCACGAAAACUCAGCUGUCAGAGGAAAGUACUCGCUUGGUGGCAGCCACGGUGGCCAUUCUCUCAGAUCUGCCAUCGCUUUGUUCACCGGCUGGAUGUAUGACAAUCCUGCCCACAAUUCUGUUCUUAAUUGCAAGAAUAUUGAAAGACACAGCAAUAAAGUCUGCGGACAACCAGGUUCCUGCCCCAGUCAGUGCAGCUCUUCAGGGAAUAAAAAGUAUCGUGACUCUGUCCAUGGCCAAAACUGAGGAAACUCAGAGACAGUGGACAGCUCUAAUUCGGAGCACUCUUGCCUGCAUCCUGGAAUAUUCUCAACCAGAUGACUGUAUGCCCGCGCCUGAUGAAGCGAGCAUGCUUACAGCCAUUGUGCUCUUCCUGUGGUCUGCCAGCAGUGAAAUAAUAGGAGUGCAGUCCCUGCAGAAUGGCUGCGUGAACAGAUUUAAAAGUGCCCUGAACUCAUGUGACCCAUGGGUUCAAGCCAAAUGCUACCAGCUUCUCCUCUCGGUCUUCCAGCAUUCCAAUCGCGCGCUUUCUACUCCCUACAUCCACUCAUUAGCCCCACUAGUGGUCGCGAAGCUGAAAGCUGUGGAGAAAAACAGACCAGCCAGUAGCACGGAACUUCUGGCUGUCCAAGAAGGAAUUAAAGUUCUUGAAACAUUGGUUGUUCUUGGGGAAGAACAGAACAGAGUCCAGUUACUCGCUCUUCUAGUGCCCACUCUGAUUUCUUACCUGCUGGAUGAAAGUUCUUUUGCCUCAGCAAGUCCGAUCUCCAAAGAUCUUCAUGAGUUUGCACUCCAGAACUUAAUGCAUAUUGGACCUCUGUACCCACAUGCUUUCAAGACAGUGAUGGGGGCUGCUCCUGAACUGAAAGCUCGCCUAGAGACUGCUGUCCGAGCCAGCCAGGCAAGCAAAGCUAAGGCAGCCGCCAGGCAGCCUGCCCCCAUCACACAUUCUGCACCAACAAUCAAGCUGAAAACAAGCUUUUUGUAUUGUGCCUUUCCAUUCAUCUGUAUCUAUUUUUUUCUCAAACAUUUACCAUGUUAUAGAUUAAUACUAACAUGCACAUAAUAUAUUACAAUGGUC